AUGAAGAUUUCUCUAAGUUUCUUAGCUGCUUUGUGCAUGAUAUUUUUUUUUGCCAUAUCUGUUAAUGUUGUAUCAAGUAGAAACCAUGGAAGCAAUCAAAAUUUUAAUGAAACAGAAAAUGCAGCUAGAGCAAUUAGAAAGUUAUUAAAUGGUGAAAUAGACUCUAUCAAGUUAGAAAAUGGAGAUGAACUAAAAAUAGAAUCCAAUGAUGAAAACUAUAAAGAUAAUGAAAGAUAUAACAAUUACUCAUUUAUAAAUAAUUAUACAAUAGAAAAUGACAAAAAGGAUUUAUUAAGAAAAAAAGAUCAAAGCAAAAAUAUAGAAGGCAACAUAACAGAAGAUAAAGAAGAUUUUUUUAUUUUAGAUAAUCAAAGUAUUGAAAAUAUAGCAAGGUCUUUUGCCUUGGAAAAUAAAUUCGAUGAAUCUGAAUCUGCAUUAUUUGAGCAAAGUCUUAAAAAUAUUAUUAAAUCAUUAAAUAACUGA